ACUUGGUAUCGCGAGCAACAACGCCCGCCACCAAGUUCUACAGUUUGCAACUCAUGGCACACGUGGCCGUCGGCUCCUCCGUCGAGACAAACAAGCGCGUGAAAAAGUGUACAAGCGGGGAAAAUGUCGCCGCCUGUGAACCGAUGGGCCAGCCGGACGCGAAGGACACGAUCGCCGUGCAACAGAGGCAGCAGCCGUUCCCGCUGGAUGGAGGAUGGGGCUACGCGGUCGUCCUUGCAUCCUUCUUAAUCCACGUGAUCACGGACGGCAUCACUUACUCCUUCGGCGUAUUUUACUUAGAACUGCUGCACUAUUUCCAAGAAGGAAAAGGCGCGACAGCAUGGAUCGCGUCGAUAUUAGUAGGAGUCACAUUGUGUUCAGGACCAAUAUCGGGCUCUUUUGUGAACAAAUUCGGAUGUCGAGCGGUCAGUAUAGCCGGCGCCAUAUUGGCGAGCGCGUGCUUACUGGCGAGCAUGUGGGCUCGCAGCAUCGUUAUGCUGUACUUCACGAUCGGUAUUGGAACAGGCUUAGGCUUUGGUCUGAUCUAUUUGCCAGCGAUCGUGAGCGUAUCGUGCUACUUUGAAAAGUAUCGUUCACUUGCCACGGGAAUUGCAGUGUGCGGUUCCGGCCUGGGCACCUUGGUCUUUGCUCCAUGCCUAGAGUACCUGAUAGCAUUUUACGGAUGGCGAGGAACAAUAAUGAUCUGUUCCGGGAUCGUGCUGAAUUGUAUCGUUCUCGGAGCACUCUUCAGACCCCUGGAGACCAAAAAGUUGCAGAACGGAGAUUCGCCAGAGGUACAGGAUACUUUCCGUUGCAUGUGUUGCGUCAUUAAGAAGAAAAUCUCACAGGUUACCUCAAGGAAGAAUUCAAAAGAAGAUAAAAAUUCACAUACAGUUGCUUUCCGAAAGGAGAACAACAGUGUCGCUGUGAUAUCCACCAUCAGUCAGCCUGCUUUAAUAUUGAGGGAUGGGUUGCCCGAAGAGAGCCUGGAGGAGAUCCAGAUAGUUCCAAGUUUUGCAGAGAAGUACACCGAAGAAAUGAUUUAUAUUCGUGGAUCUUCAAAAAAUUUACCUAAUUCGACGGACAAUGCAAAAACAGAAAGUACAGAGCUUAAAACUAACUGUGAAGAAAAGAUGGGUAACCUUCAAGAAAUAUUCGAUAUUUCUGUAUUAAAGGAACCAGUAUUUAUUUUGUUUACUUUCUCCAACUUCUGCACCAGUAUUGGAUUCAAUGUACCAUACUUAUAUGUAAUGCCUCAAGCAGAGGAACGAGGGAUUAAUAAAGAGGAUGCGAGUUAUCUUCUUGCAGUGAUUGGAAUUGCUAAUACCGUGGGUCGUAUAGUAUUAGGAUACAUAUCCGAUAAGCCAUGGGUAAAUCGGUUAUUAAUAUAUAACUUGUGCCUUACUGUAUGUGGUCUUUCUACAAUUCUUAGUACAGAAUGUAUAUCUUUUGCAACGUUUGCAAUUUACUCUUCCGUGUUUGGAUUUACAUCCGGUGCUUAUGUUGGUCUUACAUCUGUACUGUUAGUGGAUUUACUAGGUUUGCAUCGUCUUACAAAUGCUUUUGGUUUACUUUUAUUAUUUCAAGGUGUUGCAUCACUUUUAGGACCACCCAUUGCAGGAUGGCUAUAUGACGCAAUUGAGUCUUAUGAUCCCGGAUUCUAUACCGCUGGUGGCAUGAUUACUGUUAGUGGAUUAAUUCUAUUCUUCAUACCACUUAUUCAACAAAAAGUACAGCAUAAUGUAAUCAAUAAAAGAAAGAAAAAUAUAAUAAAUAACGAACCUGCUUAA